AUGUUAUACCAAGGUCUGACUGUCAAGAUUUCCGAAAUGGCUCCUUUCCUUCGGAUUGGCUUCUCCAACUUUGACAUCGGUCUGUGCCCACAAGCCGAGGAUGUCCAGAACCCUUACUGCGCUGUCAUUGUGAAAGAACCAGUAGACACAGAGAAAGGGCAGAUCUUCAUGCAGAAAAAGCCCACAAUGUACCCUCCUUGGAACAGCACCUUUGAUGCACACAUCAACAAAGGCCGAGUCAUGCACAUCGUCAUCAAAGGCAAAAGUGUGGAGCUGAUUUCCGAAACCACAGUGGAGCUGAAUUCCCUGGCAGAGAAAUGUAAACGCAAUCAAGGAAAAGCAGAUAUCUGGCUAGAUUUAAAGCCCCAGGGCCGAAUGCUAAUGAAUGUGAAGUACUUUCUUGAACAAAAUGAAAACAAAGCAACUGCAGAAGGUGAAACAGAAGGUUUGUUUGCACUGCACCAGAGAAGAGGAGCCAUCAAGCAGGCCAAAGUUCAUAAUGUCAAGUGCCACGAGUUUAUAGCGACUUUCUUCCCACAGCCCACCUUCUGUUCUGUCUGCCAUGAAUUUGUUUGGGGAUUAAAUAAACAAGGAUACCAAUGCAGACAGUGCAACGCUGCAAUUCAUAAGAAGUGCAUUGAUAAAAUAAUCGCCAAGUGUACAGGAUCAGCAGUCAAUAGCAGGGAAACCAUUUUUCACAAGGAACGGUUUAAAAUAGAUAUGCCCCAUCGAUUUAAAGUCUACAACUACAAGAGCCCAACUUUCUGUGAGCACUGUGGGACCCUGCUGUGGGGUCUGGCAAGACAAGGUUUAAAGUGUGAAGAGUGUGCCAUGAAUGUUCAUCACAAAUGCCAGAACAAAGUAGCAAAUCUGUGUGGCGUUAACCAAAAGAUGAUGGCUGAGGCUUUGGCGCAAAUAGAAAGUGAACAACAGGCACGUAACUUACGUGAUCAAGUGGAAAUAGGUCGAGAAAGACCCGUAGAAAUCAACCAGUGUGUUCUCAAAAAGCCAUCAGAAGCUGAACAGGUUGCUGCGUCUGCCAAGAAAGAGGUGCAAGGAAUCAGCUGGGAAACUCCGAUCGAAGAGGAAGUUUCAUCAUCUGACUCUCCCGCCUACGAAGAACCGCCCCAGAUCGAUCAGCGCAGGUUCACAGUGGACGACUUUGUCCUUCACAAAAUGCUGGGAAAAGGGAGUUUUGGCAAGGUCUUCCUUGCUGAGCUAAAGGGCAAGAAUCAGUUCUUUGCUAUUAAAGCAUUGAAGAAGGAUGUGGUGCUGAUGGAUGACGAUGUGGAGUGCACUAUGGUUGAGAAACGGGUUCUCUCCCUUGCCUGGGAACACCCAUUUCUUACUCAUCUCUACUGUACAUUCCAAACUAAAGAGAAUCUGUUUUUUGUAAUGGAAUACCUGAAUGGCGGUGACCUAAUGUUUCACAUUCAGAAUUGCCAAAAGUUUGAUGCACCAAGGGCAACGUUUUAUGCUGCAGAAAUUAUUUCUGGUCUCCAGUUUCUUCACGCCAAGGGCAUUAUUUACAGAGAUCUGAAGUUGGACAAUGUGCUGCUUGAUCGAGAUGGCCACAUCAAAAUUGCAGACUUUGGAAUGUGUAAAGAAAACAUUUACAAUGAUGCAAGGACCAGCACAUUCUGUGGAACACCUGAUUAUAUCGCCCCAGAGAUCCUGCUGGGACAGAGGUACAGCACGUCAGUGGAUUGGUGGUCCUUCGGAGUUCUCCUCUACGAGAUGUUGAUUGGCCAGUCUCCUUUCCAUGGCAACGAUGAGGAUGAGCUGUUCCAAUCCAUCCGCACGGAUGACCCUAUCUACCCUCGCUGGCUAGGCAAAGAGGCGAAAGACAUCCUCAUCAAAUUCUUUGUUAGGGAGCCAGAGAGGAGACUUGGAAUUAAAGGAAACAUUCGGCAACAUGCCUUUUUCCGAGAUAUUAACUGGCAGGCGUUGGAAAACAGGGAAGUGGAGCCGCCUUUCAAACCCACUGUGAAAUCAUCAAGUGACUGCAGCAACUUUGACAAAGAAUUCCUGAACGAGAAGCCCAGACUGUCGUGUGCAGACAGGACCCUCAUCAACAGCAUGGACCAGAACAUGUUCAACAACUUUUCAUUCACAAACCCAAAAAUGGAGAGAAUACUUUGACGAAGAUCAGCUUUGAAGCCAUCGAGUCAGCCCUGCUGUAGCCUGCCACCUUGGUGUUCCAUUAACUCCAUCUAGUUACCAGCACAAGAAUAUUAGUAGUGUGCAGCUGGAGGAAAAUAUAAACAUUUGUCAUCAGCUCAUAUUCACGUGCAGUUCACAUUGGAUGAAACCAACAUGCUUCCAUGGACUUUGGGAAAAUGAGUUGAAAUGUGUCAGGAAUGACAAUGAUGUGAUAUUGGCAGCAAAUCUAGCCCAGCCACAUUCAUCAUGCAUUGAGAAUGGAGAAAGUAACUGGGACUGGAAAUCAGCAACACAGGAAAAUUUCCACGUAUUGGACAGUGUGUCAUUUUGAAGGCAGGGUCGAAGUGUAUGUAGAAGUUCUUCUAUCAGGAAUUUAGGCAGGAUAUCCCAAUAAAAAAAGGUCUUGGUCUGUUCUUGGGUCUAUGCCAAAAUCAUUGACUUAAUAUACCUUGAAAUAGUUACUUAGGAUGUGACCUUGCCUAUAACCUGCAACUUUUCUAUCUUGUAACGUUUUCCACGUUACUUACUCAUUGCUACUCUGGAUAUUCUACCUGACUUCUUGCCAAAGCUCCAAUACAAUACAAUGCAAACAGCCUUUGUUCUUAGUCCACCCUUGCAAGGUUGAAGUCAGGAUUGAACACACUCUAACCCAGGAUCUCAUAAUAGGACUAGUCAGGGUUGAUACAGGAGGGAUGUUCCUAAUGAUGGGAGAGUCCAGAACCAGGGACCAUGGUUUAAGGACAAGGGGGUAAACUUUUUAGAACUGAGAUGAGAAGAAAUUUCAUGUCCUAGAGCAUGGUGAGCCUAUGGAGUUCACUACCACAAAAAAUGGUUGAGUCCAAAACAUUGUGUUUUCAAGAAGGAGAUGGAUAUAGCUCUUGUACCUAAAAGGGAUCAAGGGAUAUGUGGGAGGGAGGACUAGGAUAUUAAGCACGACGGCCAACCAUGGUCAUAAUAAAUGGUGGGGUCAAAUGGCCGACUCCUGCUCCUAUCGUCUAUGUUUCUGUGCAAUUGAAAUCUCUACUUCCCUUGCAUUUAAAGAAAUAUAUAACUUAAAGUAAUUACCUAACUAGUCUCAUCUCUUCUUCUAAUAUUUUAAACAUUACGGCAAUCCUGCACUUUUUGGCUUUCAAGAUGAAUUGAGUCGUAUUUUUAAGUGGCAUUACUUCUUUACAACUGGUACAGACUGCUAUUUGCUACCUGAUUGGAGACAGCACUGUUACCUUUGUCAGUCACUGAAUUCCCUGUACAUUUUUCUUACUGUGAAGUUUUCCUUUCCUUGUUAUUCUCCAACUGCUUACGUUAAACCUGUAAUCUUCACAAUUACUCUCUGUGCUCUCAAAUACUUUGUUCUCUCCAUUGCAUUUGAAGCCCAAUGCAUUCAGGAGUUCUACCAUUUUGUGAUGCAGAUUGAGAUGGAAGGCUGCUUCUUCACACGUGGGCAUUGUGCUGUGAUCACUUACCUUGGUUCUGUGGCUGUCAGGUGUCAACUGGGAAGUAUAGAAGUCAAGGCAGGAAUACAAAGAAGGGUACCAACCCAAAACGUCAACUUUCCUGUCCCUCUGAUGCUGCCUGGCCUGCUGUGUUCUUCCAGGUCCACACUGCAUUAACAAAGAAAGAAUGUUGACUGUAGCUACAAUAGAACAGUAAGAGCCCAAUGAGCCAAUGGACAAAACUGCAUUCUACGUCAAUUUUCUACCAUUAUUAAGAGAGGACAUUGUUGUGAUCUGAAAUACACUACUGCAAAGAGCAGUGGGAGAAGAUUCAGGGAAGUGGAUAAAAGAAAAGCAUUGGAUGAUGACAAGGAAAGAUUGGGGGGAUCCAGGCAACUGAAUGACUCAAAACACCAACCCCGGUUGUCCAAGCUGUCUGACAGCUUUCUGUUCUGCAUAAUUCAUAGAUAACCCUCCCACCCUUGAAUCAACUCACUUGCUGAUAUACUGUUGGACUGAACAUCAGGGUGUAAUAUUUGAAAACUUAAGGUGUGGAAGGCGCUGGAUCCAGAAAAUAUAAAGAAAAUACAUAAAAACCUAAUGUUUAUGUUUAACUGACUCAGGUACUUUAGUCAUUGACUAUGCAUCGUUAUAUUUGCACGGGUUACAAAUUUAACAAGCUGCAAACCCCACCCUAGGGAUGCAAUCUCAUUGAUUUUUGUUUAAUUUUGGACAGUAACAUAAUACUUACAGAAUGCCAGUUUUCUUUAUUUCUGUUUACACAAAUAUUGAGGUGCAAUCCAUAAUAUUUUCUACCUAAAAGAUCACCUGUGAAUGAAGUCAAGGUAAAAUUGACUCAGUUUGAUGGGAGCAGCAGCCAGUUAUGGAACAUUUUAAACAAUACAUUGAUGAAAAGGAGAUUGUUGAGCUAAAUGUUCCUGCGUUGUCUCAUCCGGUCAGUGAAUGGGAGAUAAAAGAGCUCUGGGGGUUACGCAUUAGUAAUUUUUAAAAAAUAUAUGGCAUGUCCACUUGAAAUGAGCAGAAGUUAAUGUCCCUGCUUUAUUUGCCUUUGUCAAAGUACAUGUGAUGUGUACUGAGGUAUUGUGUAAUUUCUGAGAUACUGUACAAGUGGAAGAUAAUGUACAAAUUAACUUGCCACAAAUUAGAUUUUUGGUAAGGACAUAAACAGGACAUUUUUGAUGGGUUUAUGCAACUUUGAUGUCCAAUGCUGGAGGCACUUAAAAUGAAAUGUUUGUGCCAAUAUUGCCUUCACAGACAAAGUUAAAAAUUAAAAUAUGCUGAAACCUACCUACUUAGUGAUUAUUAACAGCCCAGGAUCUGGGGUAACAGGACUAGAUUGCUUCUGUUCAUUGCCAUCUGUGACAUCCCAAUUCAGACAGGUUCCAGCAAUUUCAACUCAUUUUGUAGUUGGCUUAAAAAGUAAUAAAGAUAGUACAAAUAAUUCAAAGCUACCUAUAAUGUGGCUUAUUCUUGGCAUUAAAUGAUAUAUCUAGCCUGCUCUGUUCUUAACCUGGGAAUUAUUGUUGAUGAUUCUAGAUACCAAUAGUGGAAAGAUGUUUCCAGUCUCCAGCACUGAUGAUCUCUUGCAUGCCCAUGGCCUGUGUUUACAAUUCACCCCAGUAAUAAAAUAAAUGAAUAGAUGUUGAUGUUUGAUAGUAAUGUGAAACUAGUGAAAUAUUAAUGUAAAGUUACCUCAUUGAUUUACUUGUAUAAAA